AUGGUGCAACAUCCUCCUUUAGAAGAGAAAGCCAAGAAAAAGACUGAUAGUAAUAAGCUUUCAAAUAUUUUGAAUGACCAUUCUGUUCCUACAAAGCAUACUGACCUCCAGUCAAAUAGCUGGUGGCAAAGGGACUCUAAGCAGUCUGAGGAUCAGGGUUCCAAUACUAUGUCUGAUGGCUUCACUGUCAUCAGAGAUUCACACUCAGUCAUCCUGGAUAACUAUUGCAUGUCCUUUGGAAGUUCCGUAGCACAAGAAACUGUAGUGCAUUUAGAGUACAACAAAUAUGGAGCAGAUAUAAAAAACGAAGUCUCCAGUGGGGAAAUGCAUCAGGUUUUGGUGACCUCUGAGAAUCUAAGUAUUAUAAGCAAAGAUUGUAUUUUUGACCAUCCCGAUGGUUACUUCAGCCCAAGUGAAAUAAUACAGACUACAGAAAAAUAUGAAUGUUCUGCUUCAGGGCAUCAACAGAGUUUCAAAGCUAAGGACUGGGGGGGAAAUUCCACAAACAGGAGUGGCCCUAAGCUAUAUUCAAACAAAGCAGAAUCAGAGGUAAAACCAGAUCACAACAUAAGUGUAAGAAAUGCUAUGAAUAUUGAACUUAGAAAUAGUGACAUGGAUUCAAGUUUGCAAAACAAAGCUAUAGAAGAUCACAUCUCAGUAACUAAUAUUCCAAAUGCUUUAAUGGAUCUUAAACAACCUGAAAGCAGUAUUUGUACAACGGUCAAUUUGAGAAUGAUGGAAAAUGCCAUUGUGUCUGAAGCUACUGAAAACAAUAUUACUGAGGCAGCUCCCAUCAGCCAUAUUACAAUAUCCAGCCAUGACCCACCUCAGAUCUCCCAUGUUUCUAGACAAAGAAAGAUCAUGCAACCUAACUUCAGCCACAGCUUCAAUAUAUUUGCCUACAAAGAGAGUGACAGAUAUAAAGUAAACAACAACAGACCCACCUUAAAUUUAAAGGCUAACGUGUGUACCAAGAUGCCUCAAGACUUUAUUAUUUUGGGCAAGAGUUCUAUCCAACAUCAGGCUAAUAAGAUAAAGAAUCCAAUUUCCCAUUCUCUAGGACUGUCUCAUGAAAAGACUGGGAUUUCAUCAAAACUUCAGAAGAGACACCUUCAGCAAGAGAAAUACCACUUCAGUCAAAGUAGUCACAAGCCACCGAAGCAGGUGCUUCCCUCUAUUUCCAAAAAUUCUCCAAGCUCAGGAAGAACCACCACUCCUUUUUCUGCAAGACAAGCACAGUAUUCCAUGGACUUCAUAGAUCUGAAAUACAGUGACAUGUUCAAAGAAAUAAAUUCAAGCGACAAAGGCCCUGGCAUUUAUGAAAUGUUUGGGACUCCAGUAUAUUCCCGUGAGUCUGAUGGACAUGAUAACAAGUGCAGGAAUGUGCAUUCUGCUCCAGCAGGGAGGCACACUGCUAUGAAACAUAAAUCUAACCAUCUCAGCGGGCAGAAGAUUAGCAGAAUAAAAAAGGCCCAGAAGAAAACAUAUCCUAAAUCACACAAGAAUUCCCUUGGCAUUAAACAGAAGAAGGAUUUGGUGCCAAAAGAAACGUCAAGCAGCUGUCCAGAGCAGGAGGAAGGAGAGAUUGUCUGUAGUGCAGAAGGGCAAAUAAAGAGUGCUGAACCAUUUCGUAAGGAUGAUGCUCAGCGACUUCCGAGUCCCACUGAGUUUAUUGGACUUGCUCAACAAAAUGAUGUCAUUCCUAAUUCAAACUUGUCAACUAUUGAAGAAGUCUCACUGGAGCACACUUCAGAUGUUGCUGACGCUUUCAUUCAUAAAGCAUUUGCCACCAAUGUCCAGGAAUUACUUUGGCCUGAAGUUAAAGUUCAUGCAGAGUAUGCUCCUUUCUUAAGCUGUCCAAAAGAUACAAAUGAACAUAAAAAAACAGGAAAGGGCAGAACUGAAGCAACCACUGGCCUUGAGGAUCUGGAUGCAAAUCAGUUUUUGUGUUAUGAGGACAAUAAAAGAAAGCCCUCUGCGCUUUAUGUUCUGGACAGAGUCUUCCAAACAGAGUCACCUUCUCCACAAAACUUGCAACUUGGCAAUGUUGGCUUGGCAAGUUUAUCACCUGAAUGGACUUGUCAUCCUGCAAACUCAGUUUCCAAGCCAUACCAAAAUAUCCUGAGCUACAGUGAAGAAAUAACUGAAGACUUAUUUUGUUGCUCAGUAACUGAGUUGCUCUCUCUUGAUGGUGCUGAUGGCAACUGUUCUAGUGUAACUACAAAGAAUGUAGUUGUUGAGACACAAAAUGGAAACACUGGGAGUAAAGAAGAUGGUGCGGCAAGUGUUAGAAAUUAUAAGGAUUUUUCUCUAGACUUCAUGGAAUCCAGUAGAGAAAAUAGAUUUUUAAAUGUGACUACAUUUUCAGAAAAGAGCACAACUUGUGAAAAUCCCAUCUUGUGGACCAAAGGUGAAAUCCUUGGAAAAGGAGCCUAUGGCACAGUAUAUUGUGGACUUACAAGCCAAGGACAUUUAAUAGCUGUGAAACAAGUAGCACUGAAUACCUGUGACCAAGUUGGGACUGAAAAGGAAUAUGAGAAGCUGCACGAAGAAGUUGAGAUUUUGAAAAAUCUAACACACAUCAACAUUGUAGGGUAUCUGGGCACAGGUUUGGAAGACAACAUAGUGAGCAUCUUCAUGGAAUUUGUUCCAGGUGGCUCUAUUGCCAGUAUUAUUCAUCGUUUUGGGCCACUAUCUGAAAUUGUCUUUUGUAAAUAUACAAAACAGAUUCUACAGGGAGUUGCAUAUUUGCAUGAAAACGGUGUGGUCCACAGAGAUAUUAAGGGCAACAAUGUCAUGCUUAUGCCCAAUGGUGUUAUCAAGCUCAUAGACUUUGGAUGUGCAAAGCGCUUAGCCUAUGUAAGUCUGACUGAUACACACAGUGAACCACUGAAGUCUGUGCAUGGCACUCCUUAUUGGAUGGCACCAGAAGUGAUAAAAGAAUCUGGCUAUGGAAGAAAAUCAGACAUCUGGAGCAUUGGCUGCACUAUAUUUGAGAUGGCCACAGGAAAGCCACCACUGGCUUCCAUGGAUAGGAUAGCAGCCAUGUUUUAUAUUGGUGCUCACAGAGGAAUUAUGCCUUCAUUACCCAAGCAUUGCUCAAGAAAAGCAGCAGAUUUUGUUCAUUUGUGUUUGACCAGGAACCAAUAUGAGCGGCCAACUGCUCUACAGUUGCUGCAGCAUCCCUUGAUGAAAAAUCCAUGA